AUGACGUCGGCACGAACCAACCUUGGUCCCCUCACGACUACCUUCACCUAUCCCUCGUCAUGUAGCGUCGCCAUCGAGGCCUGCCCUUGGUGCUCUGAGGGUUGGCAAGCUCAGACCUGCAGCAACAAUGCCUUCAACUACCAAGGAGUCCAGGAUAACAUCGACUGCUGGCCGCCCCGGGCCAACCCAUCCAUAUCCACGGGAGUUGCCCUGAAUGGCUGGGGUUUCUACUCGCCUGGAGUCCACUGUCCUGCGGGGAUGGUGUCGGCAUGUUCGGCCACGGGGGGCGUCGAGGGGGGAUUCCAAUUCCAGUUCUCGUUGAAUGAGGGCGAGACGGCCAUAGGUUGUUGUCCGAAGGGAUAUACUUGCGACUAUACCCCGGGUCCUUAUCAGGCGCAAACCUGCCACUCCGUCUACUUUAGUGGUUCGUUUCCGGCCGUGCAAUGCAGUGCCGGUUCCAGCAAUGGCUUCUCUUACCAAAGGGUGCCUGCCACCGUCACAGCCACCACCACCGCCUCCUCCUCCGCCAUGCUGGCCACCUACACCGUCUCCAGUUAUAUCAUCAAGGCCCCUUUGAUCCAGAUCAACCACAUGGCUACGGAUCUACCCACCAGGACCUCCUCAUCCAACUCGUCCCAAGCAGUAACUUCGGCUUCUACUUCCUCGUCCGCAGCUACAACGGAGAUCUCCGUGGCCAACCCAGCCUCGAGCCUCUCCGUCGGUGCCAAAGUGGGAAUUGGUGUAGGCGCAGGGGUCGCAGGGUUGGCGCUGAUUGCGCUACUUGCUUGGUUGUGGGUUUUGCGAAGACGCAGGCAUGGGGUGAAGACCGCUCCAUCGCAAUAUUACAGUCUCGCUCACAAAGCACGGGGCAAUUCAUUCAAGAGCGAACUCCCGGCGGACAGAGAUCGACCAGAGAUGUGUGGAUCAGUCGGGCGCAGAGUCGCGGAACUCGAAUAG